CUGCGUAUCACCUUUUGUCUCCGGAACGCGAGAAAGAUCGCGCUGAGAGAGAGCGAGAAGAAGGUCGUUUGAUGCAUCGCACCUACCACGAAGCUCAACCUUGCCCUUUCGCUCGAAUCCGCUGGCAAACGGCUCAUUUGCGAGCUCUGUACAGUCAGCGCCAUGGGUGCCGCGACUGGAGUUGACGAUCGCGAGUACCUGCAGCAACCCGAGCGGCCGCCCCGCCGCGUCGUACCCGCCAAGUACGUUUGCAUUGCGGUGUCUUGCUUGGCGCUCGUGCUGCUCGCGAUAGCAUUGUCUUAUCCGAUCAGCAGCCUGUUGGGCAUAAGGCGACUGAACGACACUUACAAGAGCGCCAACGUCUCCGACAAUGAGAUCAACGACACCACUCCCGGUGGCUUCCAACCCACGCAAGGAGGGUACAAGCGGAACGAAACCGAAGAACAGCCACCGCCACCACCACCCGUAUCUUCUACGCCUGCGGAAACUACGGAGUCGACAACCCCGACCACCUCGACUAGUACGCAGUCUACCACGCAACCCACGACGACCACAACGGUGACUCAAGAGACUACUACUAUCACGACGACGAUGACUGAAGAGCCGUCGACGAGCAGGAGUACCAGGAGGCACAGAAGGUCCCACCGCGAAGAGCCCGACGACACGACUACUGAAUCGCCGACGAACCAAACGUCGAGACCGUCCGUGUGGUUGAACCAAACCAGAAGCCCCCCCGCCGUGCCAGGUUACGUUGUGUACGAGGUCGCCAUGAAGAAGGUCAGCGUCCAGUUGGUCUACGAAUGUCACUGCCCGCGCAGCCGGCGCUUCAUCGUGUCCCAGCUGUUACCCGUGUACGAGCUGCUGCGUGAGUACAUGCACCUCACCCUGCUGCCUUUCGGUCGAGCCCGUAUCGAGAACGGUACUGGUGGGGGUAACGAUACUGCUGGCAACACCACCGCCACUGCAACUCCCAGCAGCGCCAACAGCACCGGUGAGGCGGCAAGUACGGAGAACGCGGAGCCCGCAGAAGAUGUCCGCCCUGCCUACAGCAGUAACAACGCCAACGGGAACAACACCUACAGCGACGACAGGAACGGCACCAGCAGCGACCGCAACUCGACGUCCAGUCCGACCGUCAAGUGCCCCCGCGGAGAAGACGAGUGCCACGGCAGCAUGGUCCAGACGUGCGUUAUGAGGCACGUCGAGGAGACCCUGACCGCUGUCCGGGUCAUCGCCUGCAUGUCCCGGUAUCCGGACCCUCACCACGUCGGUCGUCGCUGCGUCGAGAAGUACGGCCUGGAGUGGCACCUGGUGGACAAGUGCGUGACGGAGCAAGGCAAGCUGCUCAUGCUGGACAUGGGCAAGCAGACGUGGAGCAUCACGGGCAGCGUGGACAGCGUGCCCCUGAUCCGCGUGCAGGGCGAGAUGAGCCACGUGAUCCAGGUCGAGGCGCAGACCGACCUGCUGUCGCUCAUCUGCGCCCGCCUGCAGAACCGACCCCCGGCUUGUCAGGGCCGUCGGAACGCGACGCAGGGUGCGCUGACCGGUAACGACACCGAGACCACCGAAGCUCCGUCGAGUACCACGUCUGCGGCUGCGCCGUCAACGGGAUACUAAAUGGAGGCGGCGCUGUCUUUAGGACAUGCUUUGUAAUCGAUCGGUUAAAAGACAACGAGGGGGGAGGCCACAGCUGGCACCGUUCCAGGACCAGGACGGAUGGACUCAAGUUAACGAUUAAAGGCUUUCGCCUGAAAAACAGCGCGAAAAAACAAAAACAAAACGAAGACGAGUGGUGAACGGCACACAACAUCGCUGACUUUCAACUAAAUGUUUAUUGAUAAAAGAACAGAAAAGGUAGAGAACGAAAAGAACUAUAAAAUAAUAAGCAGCCAUCGCGCAUGAACAAGAAGCAAAAGAACACUCCUUCUUUGGCAAUAAACAUUUACUUACCAGUCAG